AGCCAAUCAGCGGCAGUCGGGGACACAUGAACGGUGAUCAGACCCACGGAACAGGCUGCGGCCACGGCAGGAACAAAGGAAGAAACCCUCCCGCUGCCUUUGAAGCGUCUUCUCACGCAGGCGUCGACUUCGCGGACACGUUUCUCGCCCUUUGUCUCCGCGCCACCUCUCACUCUCACCGGGAGUCGCACUUUUUCACUCGCGACCGGUCGUGUCUUUUGCGGAGGGGAAGAGGAAACUUGGCGUCGCGGAGGUAUUUUCUCCUCGGGUCGCUUUUCUCCAGGUCGUGGACGGGCGGACUGGAAGGUGUCGCACGGAAACACCCAGAGCUUUGAUACUGUGACCUGCACACUGUUCAAUCGACAGAGAUGCAUUUUUCUCAAGACACCUGCACUCAGAUGGAUUAACAGGAGUGUGGUUUCCCCCAGCUGACGAGAGCGUGUGUCCAACGGCAUUGUUCCACCCAGGACCCACUGUGUUGCGACUGCGCCCAUGAGGUAACGUCAGGACCUACCCCCCCCUCAUUACCACCCUUGGUCCGUCCAUCUCCCUCCCCUCUGUCCCGUCCUCCAUUGGACCUACCCAGCCAUGGGCCAGAAGAUCUCAGGCAGUAUUAAGUCUGUGGAUGUACGUGGGGAGCCUUCAUAUCAGCCUGUGCGCCACGAGCUGCGGGGACCAGAUUUCUGUCGGCCCCCCAGGUUGGAUUUACUGCUGGACAUGCCACCGGCCAGUCCUGAGAAUCAACUUCGCCACGCUUGGAACGCCGAUGACAGGUCCCUCAACGUCUUUGUUAAGGAGGAUGACAAGCUGACGUUCCACCGACACCCCGUAGCACAGAGCACAGACUGUAUCCGGGGCAAAGUGGGUUACACCAGGGGCCUCCAUGUUUGGCGGAUUCACUGGCCUGCUCGACAGAGAGGCACCCAUGCUGUCGUGGGCGUGGCCACUGCUGAAGCGCCUUUACAUUCAGUGGGUUAUUUGGCCCUGGUGGGCUCGGACUCUGAGUCCUGGGGCUGGGACCUGGGUCGGAACAGACUCUACCAUGAUGGAAAAAACCGACCGGCUUCCACAUCUGCGCCCACGUACCCCUGCUUCCUGGAGCCAGACGAGUCCUUUGUUCUCCCAGACUCUCUGGCAGUAAUACUAGACAUGGAUGAAGGAACGCUGAGCUUCAUGGUAGAUGGACAGUAUCUGGGAGUGGCUUUUAGAGGGCUAAAGGGCAAGAGACUGUAUCCCAUCGUCAGUGCUGUGUGGGGGCACUGUGAGGUUUCUAUUCGCUACGUCAACGGACUAGAUCCGGAGCCCCUGCCCCUCAUGGACUUGUGCAGACGAGUAGCUCGACUGACUCUGGGCAGAGAGCGCAUACAUCACAUCGACACACUCCCACUGCCACAGACUCUAAAGAACUACCUCCAGUACCAGUGACCACACACGUAUUCAGACAGAUGCAGACAUAUGCACAGGUGGGAAGAAACCUGAACCCCAUUUGUUGUUGUAACCAGCCUCCAAACUGAGGAGGUUAGUCAUAACCAUCAGACAUCUGCUGAGGAUGUGGACUACGACUCUGACUAGGAACAGGUGGUGAAGACGGCGCUGCGAUGGGGUUCUGUUUACACGAGCUGGGGAUUUUCCAUUUAGGAUGUUUUUUUUUAUCUCCUGGUUUUUAGCUUCUUUCUGUUUUUCUUUCUGAUUUUGUUGCUUUCGACUGCUGUUUUUCUCCUGGACGGUUGAAGAGAGAGAUUAAAAGAGAUUAUUGUAAUUCAUUUACUGCUAAGCAUAUAUGUAUAUUUAUACAUAUGCAUGUUCUCAGUCAGACAGGCCUUCUAUGCUGUGAUUUUGGGUGACAGUAUAUGGAAGCUUCCUCAGAAACAUGUUGGUAUGUAUAUUUCCAGGAACACAGCAGGCUCUGUGGAGAUGCAACAGUUCAUUUAAGCCAGGAGAGAGAGAGGGAGAGAGAGCAAGCAGCUCUGUCUUCUGUUGGCUUGUUAACUGUGUAGCGCACACUGCUUACACAUGUACAGUGUGUCACGAGUGUAUAGAAACAAAGCCCACACUUUGUGUACUAAGUAGACAACUCGGUGACAAGUAGGCAGUUCCCACCUACAGGCUAAAAAAACAUUUUGAAUCCCUCCUCCUCUGCCAGCUUCUCUCUCUUCGUCUCUCUGUCGCUCCGACAUUCACUCCAGUUUGAUUUGAACCCUCCAUCAUGUUUGUCAAACUCGAAGGACCACAUCUGCUGUUGUCGGCUCUGUAACGCUGAUGGAGAUUGACCUGAAGGUGAAGCUUUGUCUUCGACUGUUAAUGUGCCUGCUCUGAAACAGCACACGCACACAAAGCACAUCAACCCCACCACCCAAAAAAAAGUUUUAAAUGCUGCUUUUUGAUAUUUUUUCUGCUGUCUUACCCUCAUGUGGGUUUUUAUCCGAGAUUUAGUUUUAAAAUUAUGGUCUUAUGAGAUUUUUUUUUUUUCUGCGGGACUGGAUGUUUUGCACCUAUGGUGGAAGAAUGUGCUGCCACGAGAAUCUUUUAAAUGUGAAUAAGAAUAAAGUCAGCUAAACACA